GAUAAUGGAAAUCGGAGGGGUCAGUUAAUCGAAUUCGUAUUUUACAUUUGCUUAAGUAGUUCUUUUUCAACCUUUUAAAUGAUUAUUUCGUGCUAAAAGUCAGAAUGGUGGAAGAAAAGGAACCAAGGAAACAGUAUGUGAAAUGGGCAGCUAUUUUAUGGUAUAUUUAUAUACACGUUUUAGGAGUAUACGCUAUCUGGUUGAUGUUUACUUCUGCCAAAUGGAUGACUAUAUUUUAUACAAUUUUCGUAAUAGCUAUUAGUUAUCUUGGAGUGACAGCAGGUGCUCAUAGAUUGUGGGCCCAUAAAACAUACGAAGCCAUAGGAUUUAUUAAAUUAUUCCUUAUGCUUGCUCAUACCCUUGCAGGAGUAGGUUCGAUAUACGACUGGGUAUUAUAUCACAGAAUUCAUCAUAAAUAUUAUGGGACUGAUAAGGAUCCUUACAACCAUAAAAAAGGAUUUCUCUACAGCCAUUAUAUAAGUAAUGUAUUGUCGCCCAAUAUGAGUCAUGAGGAAAUGAAACGUAACAUUGAUUUACGCGAUAUUGACAAUGAUGUUUAUAUUUACUUUCAAAAAAUGUAAGUUUUUUUUAAACAUGUAUUUUAUAUU